AACGAAUACCCCCCCCUCGAAAAUGGAGUCUCAGUAAAGAAUCAGUGGCAGGGUCCCCAGGCCUGUGACCAUCGUCGAGUUCUCCAUGCGGAAGGAUCUGGCACAUCACGGAGCCGCUUAUCCCCCAGGGUGAUACACCAGUCUAGGCGGCACUUGUUCUUUAUCUCUCCAAGACACCGCUGACUCUCCGCAUUAAUACAGCAUCUGAUGGCCAGGUCAGCGACCACAACGUGUCCGUCAUUUGGACGUGAAUCUUCGCGCAGUCCGACCUGGCUGGCCUGAGGUUCAAUUACGAUGACCGAAGAAGGGCCUAGGCGCGCGGCUAUCACGGCCGACGACCAUGGUGCGCUCCUGGCGAUGACAACCUGGUUCUUGGCAUGCACUUUGAUCCUCUGUGUUGCCACGAGGCUCGGAAUGCGACUUUCCAUGCGGCGUCCCCCACACUUUGACGACCUCUUGAUUCUAGUUGCUACAGCCCUGGCCAUAGGUGGCACCAUUGCCAUCUCAUUAGCAGUCAAUUCCGGACUGGGAAAGCGCUCCUAUCUCCUCGUCUUGGCCAAUGAGGAAAAGAUUCAGAAGAAGAUAUACGGAGCGAACAUACUUUACGUUCUCACGAUAAGUGUGUCAAAACUCUCCAUUGUGAGCUUUCUUUCGCGACUUGCCUGUACGCGAUUCCACAAGACUGCCGUUGUUGUGAUGGGCUUCGUUGCUGCGUGCUGGACUCUUGCCAUUGGAGUGGGCGUCGCCUUCGAAUGCGAACUGCCGCAUCCGUGGAAAGUUUUUAUUGGGAAAUGCAUCGAUCGCCUUCCAUUUUGGCUUACUGCCGGUAUAGUGGACAUGAUUUCAGACAUAGCAAUGAUCCUGCUUCCGGUUCAUAUAGUCUCGGGCCUGCAAUUAGAAACCCGGAAGAAAGUUAUCGUCAUACUCAUAUUCAUGCUUCGUCUAGUGCUUAUUAUUAUAUCCAUCAUCCGUCUCAUUCUCCUUAAACGCUUCAUCAUCCCGGGGGCAGAUCCAUCCUUUGAUAGGAUACCGUACGGCAUAGCAACACAGUGCCACUCUGCACUCUCCGUCAUCGUGGCUUGCAGUCCCGCUCUAAAGCCUUUCAUGGACAACGUACACACCGGAAUGCUGAGCGCAAGUUUAGCCAAACACCAGCACGGAACGACAUUCGGCCAAGAGUCCUACAGCAUGCAGGCCCUCACCCCAAGGUCAGCGGCAUCAAAGUCCAAGGGAAAGAGCAAUGUGAGUGGACACCCUUCGGACCACAUUGUGUCAAGCCUUCGAUCGAACAGAGACUACAUCUACAUCCCGGACGAACACGGCCGCAUAGUGCGACGCCCGCUAUCGGACGUAGAGUCCUCCCCAUCGACCCAACCAUUGACCCAGCUGUCAUUAUUAGCCUCGUCGUCAUCUUCAACACGCUCACCGCCUCGUCCGCCACCGCCACCCGAAGAACUCCGUCCGGAUCUUAGGCUGUUUCGACCUAAGUCUCUUUGUGGUAACAGCAGCACAGCGAAGAGGUGUGAGAACCAGGACCGGAGGCCAGAGUCAGAUGAGAGCCAGAAGGGGAUUGUUAGGCAGACGAGGCAGUGGCGUGUGAGUUUCGACGACUGUCACGCUGUCUAAGGGCGGAAAGGGCGCGUGUGAGUUGGGAAUAUAAUAAGGAGGAUGCUCUCGAUGCUAGUGCUUUCAUAUACGUGGAGAAGAGCAUAUUGGAACCCUGGUGGCUCCAUUCAUCUGGGCAUCUGAAUUCAAGCAGGGUAGGGA